CCCGGCCCCGCGGGCACCGGCAGCCCGCUCCGGGCUGGGCCCAGCACCCGCGGCGAGCGGCUGUCGCUCGGCUUCGGCGCCGCUCCGCAGGGCGCCUCCGCACCGCUGGCCCACGCUGCGGGCCGUGCCGCGCCGCGCCGCGCCGUGCCGUGCCGUGCCGCGCCGGGCGGCAGGCUGCGCUUCGGCCGGGGCCGCCCCCGGCAGGCCGGGAGCGCGGCGGGGCGGGGCCGGGCAGGGCAGUACCGAGCUGUGCCGGGCCGUGCCGGGCCGUGCCGUGCCGUGAUGGAGGGUUCCGAGGCGGCGAGCCUGCUGGGGGAGCGCGGCCCGGGGGGGCAGUCCCCGUUCAAGACCUACCGGCGGCGCUGGCUCCUGCUGGCCGCCGUGUGCCUGCUGAACUGCUCCAACGCCAUGCUGUGGCUGACAUUUGCUCCUGUGGCUGAUAAGACAGCUGCCUACUUCCACAUUUCCCUGGAGAUGGUCAACUGGCUCUCAGUAGUGUACCUCCUCAUCUCAAUCCCAUUUGGUCUGGUAGCAACAUGGGUUCUUGACAGCAUGGGGCUCAGAUGUGCUGUGAUCCUGAGUGCAUGGCUGAACAUGGUGGGUAGCAUCAUCCGGAUGUUCAGCGUCCUGAAGUUCUUCAGCUUGGGUCCCCAGAGUUACUGGUACCUGUUUAUUGGGCAAUGCCUCUGUGCACUGGCACAGCCCCUUAUCAUCUUUUCACCAACAAAACUGGCAGCACUAUGGUUCCCAGACCACCAGAGAGCGACAGCAAAUAUGAUCGCAUCAAUGUCCAAUCCCUUGGGUAUUCUUAUAGCAAACGUGCUGUCACCUGCACUAGUUCCUGAAGGAAAGCACAUCCCAUUGAUGCUGGGUGUUUAUGCAGUCCCAGCAGUAACAGCUUGUACUCUAGCAACUGUGGGGAUUCAUGAGAAGGUUCCUCCAACGCCUCCUUCAGCUAGUGCCACUAACUCCACCUCCCAGCCAUUCCUCACGGGGCUCAAAAUGCUCCUGAAAAACAAGCCAUACAUCAUCCUCGCAGUGUGCUUUGGAGGAGGAAUUGGGAUGUUCACCUGCUUUUCAGCUCUGCUAGAACAGAUCCUUUGUGAAAAGGGGUAUUCAAAUGAAUUUGCAGGCCUGAAUGGAGCACUGUUCACAGUGUGUGGUUUGUUGGGUGCUUUCCUGCUAGGCCUGUAUGUCGACCGGACAAGGAAUUUCAUAGAGUCCACCAAGAUUUGUUUCUGUCUCAGUGCACUUGCCAGUAUCGUGUUUGCAGUGGCUUCUCAGUUCAGACAUCAGGCUGUCACACUGGCCAUCACCAGCUCGCUCUUUGGUUUCUUUGGUUUUGCCAUCUACCCCAUUGCCAUGGAGCUGGCUGUGGAGUGCUCCUACCCUGUGGGAGAGGGCACAUCUACAGGUCUGAUUUUUGUUGCAAGCCAAAUUGAAGGUGUGAUUUUAAUGAUUCUGCUACAAGCCCUUACUGUCCGAGUUGCUGAUGAUCCAUCCUCUACCUGCGCCCUUGACCAGGAUGGAGCCCGGGACUGGAUGAGAACAUCUGUGGAGAAAGGCAUGGAGGUGUGUGAGACACUGCUGGAGCAGGAAUGUAACUACUUCCAGGCCUUGUUGCACAGCCUUUUAGAUUUACUUCUUUUUUUCCUUCAGAAAAGAUUCUUUCCACCAAAUUUGUGUUUGAUUAAAGUUUAUCCUUAGUGAACCUUUCCUACACUUUGCUCUCAGGUGAUAUAACAAGAAGCACUACCUGUGUUGACUGCAUGACUUAUGAAGUUGAAGUGUUUUGAUUCAAUCUUUCUGGUAACUUUCUUCACCACCCCUCAACACUCACAACAUGUGCACAUACAGAGAAAUACACUCUUCCACAGACACACUGUAUGCACCACUGUAGGACCUGCAACCUGUGGGGUCAUGCAGGACAAAGGUCCUGGAAACCUUCCACAUUUCACUGAAAUCCUCUUCCUAUGCCAGGGUUCCAUGAGAUAAGGUUUGGCUGUUACCAAGCUGGCAGGCCCCACUGUGAGCUGCACCCUGCCCUCAGGGGUAGCCCCUGGGAGGAGAUCACCCAGGCUGUGUGGCUGCUGGGGAGCUGACCUCUAGACUUCUGCACCUGUUGGGGGUUGUGAAUUCACUGUCUGAAAGUG